AUGGGUAAAAUUCUCCUUCUUUCUCUCUCCUACUCGCAGACAGUACUCAUAAGCAAAACGAUAAAAUCAGCGUAUCAGAGUAAGCAAACCUCGUUUCAAAGAAGAUUUGAAGCUACUGGUUGGAUUGCUUUGGAAGAGAAUCAAAAUCAUCAAGUGGGUUCGGAUUUACUGACUCCCCUACUGCAUAGAGGAUUAUUGGACCUUAAGUUCACCGGGUACGCUACCCUAAGCAGCGAACAGCGUCUAGGGCAAGAGUCUGGGUCGAAUCUCGAAGUUAUAUUCGAAGGCUCCAUCGCUCAAAAGAGG